UUGAUUACCUCCUCUACCCCUCCUCAAUAUUGAACCCUAACAGAAGCAAGACAGAACAUGUGUGUGAAUGAGAGGGCGGCAGAAGCUUCAAGGAGUAGCUCUCUGAAGCUAAAGAAAAAAACAGUGCCACUUCUCCAAGAAAUAGUUUAGGUAAGACUAGGUUUUCUCUCUAAUAUAGUUUUUCUUAGUGUUCAGCAAAUAUUUAGACAUAUAUAGAUCAAAUUAAUGGCAAUAACAGGCAAUUUGCCUGCCUGUCUAGCUAAAAUAAUUCAGAUAUUCUCAUAAAGAUCAAUAAACAGCCUGCUGAGACAACUAGUGCCUUCACUACAAGCAGCCCUACUGAAAUAAUUUGCCUGCAUGAUUUCAAAAAACAGAAAAGGAUUAUUACAUUUAAUAAUGUGUGAAUGCUGUUUCGAUAUUUUUGUCCUUGCUGUAGCCUAGCUAAACAAAAAUCUCUCAGAUUUGGACAUAACAUUGGGCGGCAUUUGUCAAACUGACAGGAAAACCAAAGGAGACAGAGUACUGAUUUGUAUUAAAGAUUCUUUUCAGGCUUCCUUCGUCACUUCAGCAUGUCUAUCAAAAAAAUGUAAAUAUUGUUACUGAUGUCUGUCCUGCAGGUAAUGAUCUCUUUUUCUGAACAGUUUGUAAUGUAAUGUAACACUUGAUAAAUAUGCACCCUGCAAACCAUUUUAGUACAAAAAAGUGUUUCAGCCCUUGGUUAUUUUCUCAAUAAUUUCCAGAGAUCUUAUUGCUAGAGACAUCGGUUAAACUUAUCAACGAAGUCAUCAAACAAGUGCCUUAGUUUACUUUUUUGAGUGCAGACUGAAAUCCACUACUGAAGUCCGCACUAAUAUCAGAAUUAAAAGUGUAUUGAAAGCCUUUUAGCUGUUUUUUUUCCUAGUGAAUACUGAGGGUAUGAGGAAGCUUCAUUUGGGCGUUCUAUCUUGUUGAUCAAACAUUCCUUGUUUGGAUUGCAUCCUUGCAAAACCGUUUGUGUACACUGUCAAAUCUGAAGGAAUAACGAAGUAAACUACAGCUGGUGCAUGACUUUGGCAGGAUGUCUGCACAUAAAGGGAAAGGGAAUAUAAAGAUCGCAAACUACGCUGACUGGAUGUCACAACUACCAUCUGAACUUUGGACAAUUCCUCUCUUCAAACUAGCCAUACCAGGAAGCCAUGACUCUUUGAGUUAUGAUUUGGAUCCCAGCUCUGCUAUUAUAGAGCCUGACAAUCUAAAACGAUUCAGCUGGAUUUAUUGCUUACGCAGAAUAGUAAGAACAUGGGGAAUGACCCAGGAAUACACCAUCACAAUGCAACUGGAAGCAGGAGUUCGCUACUUUGACUUGAGGAUCGCUCGCAAACGUAAUGACCACCAUCCCACUAGACUUUACUUUUACCAUGGGCUGUACACAAGCACUGAUGUUGAGACUGUUCUCAGGGAAAUACAUGCCUGGACAGUGGCCCAUCCUAAAGAAGUCAUUAUCCUGGCUUUUUCAAACUUCAAUGGUUUUGAGAAAAACAUUAAAGAUAAACUUCACAACCAUCUCAUCGGCUUCAUUAAGACCAUGUUUGGAAGCAAACUCGUCCCCCCGGGCAUCCCCACACUGCAGAACUGCUGGGACCAAGGCAAAAAUGUCAUAGUUUCAUAUGACUAUCCAGAAAGCUACCAUCCUGAAAUGUGGAGAAAAAUAACUUAUUACUACGCCAAUAGCAUGGACCGUGCACAAAUUAAAUCAAAAAUAUCUGAAGCCUUGGGAGAGGAAAAGACUUCCAAUUAUUUCUUUGUAUGUGGUUUGAACAUGACUCUUCCAGCAGAUCAUAGGAUACUCAUCUACAUCCUUCGUCUCUGCGACAGUUUCCCCAACGUUAUUAGGAGGGGUCUGCCUAAGCUCCUGAAAUGGCUGAAGCAGCAAUCCGGCGUGAACAUUGUUGCCUCAGACUUGGCAACUCGCAAGGACUUUGUGUCAACAGUUGUUGAGCUCAAUUCUGCACUAAUGAAACCAUAACUGAAAAAGUAUUGUAUUUCUUUAGUUUGAACAUGACUGUGUGUGUGUGUUUUAUUCUUUAAACCAUAGAUAACUCAUCGGUUCAUUGAAAAGAUGUAAAUAUUGUACAGUUACUUGAGGCUUAAAUAUUUUGCUUUUACAUAAUUAUUGUAUUGCUUUUUUAAAUAAACAAUAAAUUGUUUUGAAA